AUGUCUGUGGCGAAAUAUGAAGCUAAAUUCACCGAAUUAGCACGGUUUGCUCCACAUAUGGUGGACACUGAUUACAAGAAAGCACGGAAGUUUGAAGGUGAACUGGAUUUAGAGGUGUUUGAUCGGGUAGGUGUCAUAAAAUUGCCUACUUAUGUAGAAGUGUUAGACAGAUCCUUAAUGGCAGACGCCACCCUAGCCGCCAUGAAACAAGGUAAAGCCCCAGCAACUACAACAACUGAGUGGAGAGGAAAAAGAUCCGGGUUUGGUUUUAAAAAGAGUCGGUCCUUUGUUAGUAAGAAGCAAAACACAGGGACUUCGAACAGCUCAAGUCAGAGUACUGGGUUUAUUCCGGUCUGUUCUGAUUGUGGAAAAAGGCACAGGGGUGUGUACUACCGAACGUCUGGUGCUUGUUUUCGGUGUGGCCAGCCAGGUCAUGUAGUGAAAGAUUGCCCGCUCAGGUCUGAGACUACUAGCCGUCCUACAGCAAGUUCAGCGGGAUCCGCUUCUGUGGCCAGAACCAAUGCCAAAGCCAAUACUGAGAAAGAACCUCUGAGACAAGGCCGUGUGUUUGCCUUAGUUCCCGGUGACGUACCGAACACCUAUACUGUGGUGUCAGACCAUUAG